CAAUAGUAAUAAGUGACUGAUUGAAGUUAAAGGUAUGGCCCCCAAAGAGGAGGUCGGUGAGUCCCUCAAGGAAAUGUCCAAAUCAGAAGGUGGCGGUCAAUCAAGUUCAGAAUUAUGCAGUGAAACUAAGAUGACAAGUGAAGAAGCAAUUGCACAUGAAGUUGCAUUAGGAAGGUCCAGCAGUAUGGUUUCUCAAGACACUACAACUGCAGCUACUGAGAAGCCAUUCAAAGAUGGAGCUCAUCGACUGUCCUUACCUCUCAAUGAGCUUAUUAGGUGUGGUUCCGAAAGCAUUCCCCGGCCUCAGGCAUCGGCAGAGGUGAUUCGAAAAUCUGCAAGCACAGAUAACUUUGUCCCAAGUGUGACAGAGGCAGCAGUGGAGCAGCUGAGAGGAUCAUCAAACAGUGUGAUGAAUACCAGUGGAAGUAGUUGUGGUUUGUGGGCAGAGCUGUUCAAAAGUCGCCACAAUUCUGCAGAGCUUAUGAAAAGUCGGCAUAAUUCAGGGGCAAGUGCAGAUCUACUGAAAAGCAGGCACAGCUCAGGAGCUGGAGGUGAGCUUAUGAAGAGUCGCCACAACUCGGGGACUGGCUCUGUUCCCGGAGGUCAUUAUUCUGACGUGUCAAGUCUGCUGGAGUCUGGACAGACAACAGAGGAUGGGUGUGAGGGAGACAUAAGUGACUCUGAUAAUGACUGCUGUGACUGGCUACAGGACUUUGAGUCAGUGAGGCCUUUCCUGCCAGAAUUUUGGCUGAUCUUAAGGGUUUCCAAAGACAGAGUGGAUACAUUUUUCCACUGCAGGACCGAGGCAGAGAUGGCUCGUUGGCGUGGUGUUCAAGCAGAAGUUGUGCGAAGUGUUCGGAAUCUUGUUAAGAUUGUCAACCAGACAUUAUUGCUACAAGAUCUGCAUAAUACACGCAUGUGUAACCGUCUCCUUGAACCAGAAACAUGUGAUGAUAUCUGGCGGCAUGAAGAAUCAAAGGGACGUGGGAUAGAUGAUGGAGAUCCUGACACUCGAGGUUAUCUAGAAGCAGCUCUAAAGUUUAAAGCAGGAGCAUUUGCUUGUCAAGUAGUUUGGGAAACCCACUUUGAACUGCAUCCAAAAGUGAAGUUAGGCGCUGGGAAGGUAUGCAGCAAAGGUAUUCAAGCCCUCCGGACUAUCCUCAACCCAUUCUCAGUCAACAACCGCAAGAAUAUGUUUGUCUAUGAGGACAGCUCAGGGAAUGGAUCAAAUGUCUUCUACUUAAGACUGAAUGAACAGCAGUCUGUAUCGGUCUCCCCUCAAGUGGAUGGCCGACGGGAUGACUGUGGCUUGUCCCGAAGUUCAUCGGCUGUGUCUCUUGGUAAACGAGGCAGCCGGGAGGACGACGCUUUAAGCCUCAAGAAUGUGGGCACGUCUCAGCCAUAUGAACUGCGUCCACGUGUGAGCUCAUUUGGAGAGAAAGAUGUGAUCAUGGAGGGUGUCCCAUCCACUCCUGCACAGCGCAAACGCAACCACUACAUAGUUCUGACAGUGCAUGGCAUUGCAGAGCCUGGCCCUGCAAUCAAAGAGGAACUGGUGCGGAUGCUGCAGAACCGCCUGGACGAGGCCGUGGUGGAGGCCAUCUGCAUCAUGCUGUGGAGCAACCCCCAGCACAAGCUUACACCAGAAGACGUUCAUUUUAUACAGCCUCCCUAUCAGCCACCAAAGACAGUGCUGAGGUUUACUGUCAGUGCUAAUGCUCUUCCUUACCUGCAAGCUGUUGGUUACUAUCUCCGGCAGAAUAUGUUGUCCUGCAGCUUUAUUCAUCCCAAAUUUGCAGAUAAUCGCCCAGAGCAUCAUUUUCAGGACUUUUCAGCAACAGACCAAGAAAUGUCUAGCGAACCCAACAUCUUCCUCUUUGUGAGACCUAGAAUGUCAGCUGCAAAAGGCAUAGCAUGUAUAGCUUUCUCCAUAGUUGAUGGGAGCAGCAACACUGUACAGCACAUCAGCUGUCCAAGACCUUCCCCAGAUGCCUAUCAAGAAAUCUUUUCAAAACAUGACUUUGAAGCUUUAACUCAGACCCAAGAAUAUCAACCCAGUCCAACUAAGAGUCCAGGGCCGAUGGCGAUGCUCCAGUUCAAAGUUUGGGAAUCAGGGCGAGUGGACCUUGAUGAAAUACGCAGGUACUUGGUGGACUCGAUUUGUCACGCGCUUUGGGAUGUGAACACAGAGUACCGACUCCUGACAGCUCCCAUCAUGCCAACUCAGGCUCCGCAGAUGCAUGGGACACCGGCUUCGGAACCGACAACCCCGAAGAAAGAUACUCAUGGUGAAGCACUGCGCUCAGUGAGCUUGCUGGAAACAGGGGCGCAUCCAGUGGAGGAUCGCAUGAGGUCAAUCUCUAUCUCUGGAGUGCCCCCACAUGUUUGUCUCCCUCGCAUGGCAAACAGGAUGGGGAGUAAAAAAAUAGCUCGCCCUACUGAGAGCCACAGCGAGAGCCAGAAGGAAAGAGCACCAUCGCCUCUUACAUUAGUUCAGGCCAGACUGCGCCUCAUGUCUAACUCUGUGCCUGACCUGAAGUUACGAGGUCGCAGGGCAUCAUUACAGUCUCCCUGGGACAACACCUCUGGGAGCGAAGGGACACCCAGCACUGGUCAUUCUCCCCUAAAGCUGCGACAUUCAGUUGAUUUUGGGGUUGAGCGCGGAAGAUUGCUCGGCCAGGAGGGACGAGAGAAUCAGCCGUGGGAACAGAAUGUUUCCAACACCUUGCAUCCAGUAUUCUCAGGCAUCAUGAUUGACUGGCUGGAAUACGCCCAUGAACUGGCGGAGAAAGGGGAACAUGCUGCGCGACGAGAACUGGUGGAAAAGGGAGAGCAUGUCGUGCGGAAGGAGUUGGUGGAAAAGGGAGGAGGAGAGCAUGCCGUUCGGAAACAUACCGUUACUAUCACAACCAGACAUGCAGUUCCCAUUUUUAUAACAGAACUACAGAAAUGGGUAUCGCAAAAUUCAAGUGACACGACCACAAAAAUCUUUGAAGAAUCUGUGAAAGAUGGAGAGCCUCCAGUUUACAACUUAGUUGAGUUUAAUAAGGUCCCACAGAUUCUGAAGUCUGACUCAGGCACAGGGUAUGAACACAAUAACCUAAUUGUCAUUGGUCGCAACAAUCAGCAGUGGUGGGCUACACUUUCAGAAGACAGGUUCAAUGAUUAUUAUGUGUCAACAGUGAAAGGUAGUAAAAACAGUCAGAGAUACCCCCCGCUGGUCUUCUGGCCCAGGGGCAGGUAUGCCAGUGGUGGUGAGUCAAGUUUCACCAAGCUGGAAAGUACAGCCAGUGGUCUCAGUACACCUGGAACGGCCCCGCCAACAGUGCCAUCAUCAGCCAUACCAACAAGUACUGUGGCAUCAUCUACCAUACCCAUAUCAGUUCCUGUGACUGUGCCUUCCACGCCCACCAGCCUUCCAUCAGCUGCUGGUUCACUGUGGACUUGUGAAACAACAGACUCACUCUUCAUUCCUCGGCAGAAGCUGCUAUUGGCUACACUCUUUGGGCAAGAGCUUGUGAUCUACACUUACAAUUGGACAAAGGAUCAGUGUGAAUCUUUGCACACAGCCAUGAGUCAGCUGGCACAUUGGUCCAGUGCUCGCACACGCUUACUCUCUUCUGUUGUCCUCCAAAAGAUUGGUUUAUUUCACAACCAACCUUUCAUUCGGAAGGCACAAGACAAGAAGAAAGAGGAUAACCCAUAUGUUGGCUCCCAGGGACACGUGGAGGCUCUGAUAAAGUACCAGGCUCCAGGAAGAGACAUGCUUGCAGCAACUGAAAGGGGAAACAGGAGGGUGCAGGUGAUAUCAAACUUGGGUGAUGUGUACAGAGAUAGUCGACCCCCUCGUCCACUGAAGAACUCGCACUUUGGAAACUUCAAAGACUUGGAACUUCGUCAUGGCACACAGCUGAUAGAGAUAAGACGACUAAAUGUGCAGAGAGAAAAUCAGCGGAAAGUACUGUUGCAGACCAUGGUUCAGGCGCCAGGACAUUCAAGUCCAGUUUUCAAUGACAAGAUAUUAGCUCUCUAUAAGCAGACUGCACGCAUUGCUCAUGUUUGUUAUACGCCUCUGCUUUUCCUGCCAAGGUGGCGCUGGCAGGUGGCAGCCACUCGAGAUCACAGCCUGGCAGAUCCUCAAGCUUCCUGUGAUAGAGUCCUGCCUCUGGGAAGCAAAACUCCAGAACCAAGAUCUCGCCAUGACUCUGGUAACUCCAUGAAGAGUGCCUCUGGUGCCGGGCCAACAGACCUGCGACGGUCUUUGUCUCUGAAAUCAAAUGUUUCCAGUCCUGGGCAGCGGAGACGGAAUGUCACCGGUGGAGAUGACAAAUGGCAUGGUGCUCUGUGCUCUAGCUAUUUGAAGGAGUAUAUACAGUACUUGCAGAGUUUAGGGUUCUUGACACUCAAUGUUGCACAUGCCCCACAACAGAAAGGACGUAGCAGUGGAAGGGAAACAGAAGACAAGAUUUACCGCACAAAGGGAGUUCGUUUCAGUGAACAGAUAACAGCUGAGCCAAGUUAUUUGCUAAAAAAUGUCCUUGGAGGAACACUUCUGCUGGAGAUUGCUUUUUGUGAGCCAUAUUUCUCAACCAAGCUUUAUGUCCUGGAGUCUACUAGAUUACAAGGGAAGAAAUACACAAGUCUCUCCUCUCAAGUUUAUUUUCAUUAUAUGAAGAAAGAAGGAUUAUCAGGGAUAGUGGUGAGAGGUCCACCCACAGCCCUGCAGCCCUCACCACGGUCCUCUGCGACACUUAUCUUUCCUGAGGGGUGCCCUCCUGACCUGAUAGAGGACAAAUUUGCCAUCAAUUUCUUCUUGGAUGAAGUGGACAACGUAAAGGUGUUGUUGCACAUGCAUUCCUUCACCUACGACUUUCACCUGCGAGCCGUGUGUGCAUACGUUGCAGACCGCCAGCUCCUGUUCACACCAGGAUAUCAUUUGUCUUCAUUUCUCUCCGAUUUCAUUAAGUAUUACAACAAAGGACCAAACUUCGCAAGAAACCUCAUAUAUUCAGGUGAAUUGACUGUUGAGGACACUGGCUCUCCAGGUGAACAGUUGUAUAAUUAUCUCUUGGCUCGUGAGAAGCAGUACAAGAUGAGAGUCCUGCGAAUGACACCAGUUAUCCUAGAUCCAACAGCAGACAUGCAAUACACAGAAUUUGUCUUAGUCCACACAAAGACAUGCCGCGUUCACUACAGUGAUGCCAAUGACCAGAGAGUUUCUGAUGACUAUGAUGUUACUCUGCUGGUCUCCCACAAUGCAACACUGGAUGCCCACCCCUCAGACCAGCAGCUGAAUGUUCUGCAUCUCAACUUCUACGUCAUCUUAACCAGUAGACGAGAGAUGUAUCCAAAUCGUAUCCUUGAAAAGAAAAUGGGCAAAUUUCGCACAGUGUCAACAGCACCGUCACUUGGACAUUGGAAAACUGCAACCUCUUCUCAACCAGAGAGCAGUAAUGAGAGUGGGUCAUGCACUCCCCCUGCAGUGUCCAGCCAGGUCUUCGCAGAGACGGGGGGGCAUCUCCAAGCUCCCCCAGGGCUGCAGCCUCCCCCACCUCCCCUGUCCUCCUCCACCCACACCUCCACCACCUCAAGCGAUCCACCACCCCCUGUCAAGUCUUACAUUGGGAUCAGGCUGGAGAGUGUGAAUUACCUUGGCUACUACACAGUUUAUGAAGAGACAAUGCAGAAAACACUCCUGAAUCAAGCUGAAGAAGCGAGAACUCGUAUUCAGCAUAUCUUUAAUCAAGCAAAGAUACAUUGCAGACGUGACUCUUUGUGGCAGAGAUUGACAGCAAGUGUCCGAGAUGAAGAUAGGCAGAAGUUACCUAGCCAGGCUCUCGGUGGUUUGAGUUUUAGGGAGCUCAGCGAACUUUUGAGUUUAGUACGAGUUGAGCCAUUGAGCUCAGUUGAUCCACAGUUACUGCCUCUUAUCACAAAACCACUCCAGUGGUAUCAGACCUUGACUAGAGUGUUGCAAGCAAAGUACCAGGAAAGACAUAGGAGUUUAACCUCAAGCGACGGCAACGUUCAGCACAACGUGAUCUUGAGUCCUUCGUGUCCUGAUGCCUUUAUGAUGCUCUCAGUAGACCUCUUUAAGCAAAAAGCUGACUUGUGUUGCGUUAACAAGCAGCUGAAGGGGGAGAGCUCAGAGCCGAUUAUCCGAGACAGCCGGAUACAAGUUCUCGUGCAAGAUUUCGUCAACGCUUGCUGUUUCCACCUUUGGUGUGGAUUAUUAUAAUUAUUCUCCAGUCAUUAAUUGUUGUCAUUAUGUUAAAUGUGUUGUAUUUAUUAUGAGGUUGAUUUCUUUUGGAUUAACUUUUUUUUUUUAUGAACAGUUGUGAAAUAAUAGGAUUAGUCUUGAUAGUAAUAGAGGUACAAUUUUAUCAGAGAAUCUAUUUUUCUAUCAAUUUUCAUGUAAAGUUAUAAAUAAUUUUUUGUCUGUUUUUUUUUUUUUUUUUUUUUUUUUUUUUUUUUUUUUUUUUUUUUUUUUUUUUUUUUUUUUUUGGUAAAGCUUUUAGUUUUUCAUCGGGAUUCUCUUGCAUUAUCUUGCAAAGUUGUUGAUAUUUGCUUAUUCCAUUGAAUAUAUGUAAAGGUUAUAUUGAACAGCUAGUCAAUGUAUAAUUGCAUUCUUAACUCAAAUCAUUGUCAGAUUACAAAACAGUACUGAAUGGACAGUAUAGCAGCACUAUUUUCUUAUCUAUUUUAUGUUAAUCAGUAGUAUACAUAUGCAUUAUAUAUUUGUAUAUAAGCACGAUGAAAGCUGUUUACAGACAGCAUAGAAUUGUGAUGAAAAUAUUUGGUACACAGAUGUAUUCUGUAAAAGUGUGUUUGUUAAAAAAGUGUAUAUAGAAAGGGAAAAAUGUAAUAAAUUGCUUAUAUGUUACUCUCUUUCUGUUAUAUAUAUAUUCAAUGUCUCGAAUGGUGAAAAGUUUGGAAUUUUAAUAAUUGAAGAAUUAUUGUGAAUUGGGUUAAAGGAAGAUCAGAGUAAAUGCUUGUGGAAUUUCACCCGUUCCAAGCAUUCAUUUAACAUGUUGCCUUUGCUAAGACAAAGCAUCAGGUUUUCUUGGCAUGUGCCAUUUUUUUCUUUCUUUCCUUCUCUCCAGUAACAAUAUCAGUUUAUUGGUGUAUCUAUAGAAAUUGUUUAUGGCAUGUUCUGCUCAGCCAACAAAGGUUUCAGUGCAGUGUUAUACUGUUUAUAAAUAAAAAUAGGUGCUAUUUAUAUAUAUAUAUAUAUAUAUAUAUAUAUAUAUAUAUAUAUAUAUAAUGUAAUGUCAGAUAGACAGUCAGACAGAUGAGUGAGAGAAGGAGGGAGGACAGGGAAGUAGGGAGUGUAAACUAGCAUAUCUAGUACCAUCUGGCACAUUUUCUCUAGCCUCACUGCUGUACCCCCACAUCCCUAUGCUUCCUUCUACCCUUCUGGGCAUUCUUCCAUUUGUCUAGGUGGCUUCUUGUGUCUUUUUACUACCCCCACCCUAAGGCUCAGACCAUUACAGCCACCUCACCCAUCCCCUUUUGCUUUGCCCAAGGACUCCCCAACCCCAUUUCCAGCUUGUACUCAUCACCUGGCAUGACUAAGCAAAAUUUAUUUUGAUUGUCGUUUUGUUAUGAAUCUUGUAAAUACUGCUCUGUGAAUCAUGAUAAAUAUGUGUUUUAUAUUGUUA